AUGAUUUUAAAAGUGCAUGCCUCAAUUAACCUCACUUUAAAUUUGUGCUUUUUCGUCCUACUCGCUACCUCCUUAGCUUUCAACUAUUUUUCUUUUCUGGUAAGCCAUAUCUAGAACUACAAAGUAGGACUAUUCACAAUUACUCAUCCUCUCCAAUACGAAGAUGUAGGAGAUGUCCAGGUCUUUGCCUAUUUUCAGGAUUUUAAAACAACAGCCUGUCAAUCGUCAAAGGAAGAAGGAAUCCUCACAAUGUGCAGCAAUAUCGACAAUUUUGAAGUCGCAGGGUUUGUUUAUGCAUUUUUUGCAGCAUUCUUACUGAUCUUUGUGCUUGGGUCAAUACUCAACCUCCUGAUGCUUAUAACGAGUCAAGACAAUUUUUUUACAAAAAUAAGGAUCCCUCAUUAUGUAAAUGCAGCGGGUUUUGUGCUGGUGGCAAUAAGCUAUAUGCUUUUGAGUAAUAUCGACAAUAUAACGCCGCCAAACUCGCAAGAUGUAGAUGUUCAGACUGAAACGGGGAUUGAGCUUCUUUUUACAAUUGCACUUGUAGCUUUUGUCACUUUGUUCCACUAUUUAUUUGUAAGGAAAUUUAAAAAUCUUGACUAUUUGGCAGCAAUGACCCAAAGUAUUGGAUCCAGGCCUACAGACUUAGAAAGGCCAACAGAGACCCCUUCCAGGACCAAAGGACUUUUCUCAGAAAAAUCCACCACAAAGCUUCAGUCUCCUGAUAUCGAAGAAAUCGUGAUUAAGCCACGACAAGCCAAAGUUGAAAGUGGUGCCCCAGAAGCAGCCCGAGAAAACGACCUCCUUAAAACAGAAAACGAAAGACUUAUAAAAGAAAUAAACUCCCUCCACAAGUCAAUAGAAGACUCCAAAGAUGAAGGCAAAAAUGAAAAACUAGCAGCAUUAAAUAGUCAGCUUGACACAAAAGAAGAAGAAAUCCAAAGACUGAGGAACUUAUUAGAAGCUUUAAGAAGGCAAUUAUUACAAAAAGAUAUGAAAAUUGAAGAAAUUGAAAGAAAUUCAGCUGUAAAUCAACAGACCAUUGAUGCGCUAAAAGAAAAUAAAGAAGAGCUUAAUAAGUUUUUAAUGGAAAGAGAAAAGAGGAUUGAAGAACUUAGAAGGGAAAGAGACGAAACAAGAAGGGAACUUGGGACAAGAAAUGAAGAAUAUGAUGUAUUGGUAGCUGAGCUAAAUAACUCAAAAAGAGAAGUUUUAGCUUUAAAAGAAGGAAGAAGCACAGAUAUGUCAAGCGAAAAUAUAGGGACUGGAAGCUUAGAUAUUGAUAGCAUGAAGGAUAAAAUUACCCAGCUCUCAAAAGCGCUGGAAAUGCAGAGAGACCAAACCAAUAGCUUGAUUUCGAAAAACCAGAACUUGGAAAUGGCAAAAGAUGACCUUGAUAUCAGAUAUAAACAGCUUUCAGAGGCUUAUGAUGAAGUCAGAAAGCAAUUUGGAGAAAUUUCUAUAAAAUAUGGACAGUAUGAAAAUUUGGAAAAAGAGAGGAUUGGCUUGUUGGAAAAAAUAAAUGAUUCAAAUUCUGUGAUAGAUAAACUUAAGCUGCAGAUCAAAGAGAUAAAAGCUAAAAAUGAAGAAUUGGAGCCUGUGGUGGAAAAAUAUGAAAUGCUAAGUGUGGCGUAUAAUAAGGCGAAAGAAGAAAUAGGGUCGUUAAAGGGGGAAAAUGAAAGCUUAAAGACUCAAAAUGAAAGUCUGUCGAUCCUUUCUGCUGAAAAAGCAAAAGCGGAGAUCGAUUUAGAAAAAAUUAAAAAAUUGUCUGAUGUAUAUCAAAACCAGUUACAAGAAUUAAGAGAAAAGUACCAAACAGACAAAGUUGACUGGGAAGAAGAAAAAAGUGAACUCAACUACGCAAUUUCACAACUAAAAAGAGAAGUUGAGCAGCUGCAAAGCCGGCUUAAAUCUCAAGAAAAUAGUUUGGACAAAGAAAUUCAAGAAUUAACUGAAAGCUUAGAGAAGCUAAAAGAUGAAGUCAAGUAUUAUAAAACCCAAUAUGACAUGACCCAAAGUGAAGUUGAAAGACUUCGCCAUCUCCAAGACGCCUUAAAGCAGCAGCUCGUGGCAAGAGAUUCUCAACUUGACGAAAUAAGCCAAGGCGAAGCCAGAAAAAGUGCUCAACAAGAAAGACUCAGCAAAAUCCUCAGCCAGCAAAAUGCAGAGCUCGACAACAACCUAAAAGACACAGAAAAAAAGCUAAAAGAACUCCUUGACGAAAAAGAAGAGCUCAGAAGGCAGCUUAAUUUAAAAUCCCAAGAAUUAAGCGACCUCAGCGGAGAAAACCAAAAUUUGCAUAAAGAGCUCUUUGAAAUCAAGCUCCAAAAGCAAAUGUCGCCUUCAGCCUCAAGAGAAGAAAAAAGCAACAGCUCUGAAAUGAGCUUUAGCAGCUCAAUUAGUAUCCAAGAACUAAUGAUUAUUGAAAGUCUCGCAGAAAUUGACAUUAAAGCAAACCCACUAAUGAAAACUGUCUCAAAAAUGAAAAAGGAGCCGCCUAUGUCUUAUUCAAACGUAUGGAAACUUUUUGAAAAUAUGAUGCAGGAAAAGUAUAAGCUUGACAGGCUAGAAAUGGCAUUAGGCAGACAGCCACGGUCUAUUGUAGAUUUCACUUUAGAUUUCAUGUAUUUGCAGUUUGGACUUAAAACGCUUGCACUUAAGCAGCUAAAAGCUUUAAUUUCUUCAUUAGAAGAGCUUUUCAAAAUUAACCACCCAUAUGGGACGAUUUUUUGUAGACUCCUAGGGAUUUUCCAUUCAAGGCCAAUCCCAACCCAUGUUGCUGCAUUUUUAAUUAUGGUGAACGAGCUUUUUAACACCCUCACAAACAGGACGAAAUUAAAAUUCGACAGUUUUGCCCAGCAGUACGAAAUUCAACAAUAUGGCGGAAAUGUUUCUAUUGUAGACGCCAUGGAGCUGGUCAUGAAAAUAUGUAAAAACCAAAGAGAUAGAGGUGAAAGGAUUAUUUAUUCGCUUAAAAGGGAUGCAGACAAUAAAAUGGACAUGAUUAUAAUAAAAGUAUGCGGAACCAUGGCAAAAAUGAAUAAAGGCUCAGACUAUAUGUUUGAGAUCCUUGAUUUAGACCGCCAAGGGACAAUUGAUUAUCAUGAAUUUGUAGACGCUAUUAGGAUAAAACUCAAUAUUUGGGUCACUCAAGAAGAAGCAGAAGACUUGUGUGCGUUUAUUGAUGAAGAUGCCAGAGGAAUAAUCACUCAUGAAGAAUGAAACUCAAAAAUCAAUUUUCCAAAAUAUUUAGAUUUGGCGUAUUCUAGUGCAGCUAUGGUUACCAAAGCUCAUCUAUUUAAUGCAAUUCUGGAAGAAUAUGAGCAUGAGAUGAUACAGGAGUAUAGCAAGUUGAGGCAGAGCUUUAAACAUCCGACGGUAGAUCAAUCAAUGUUUAAUAAAUAUAUAUAGCUAGCUGGAAAUAUCGAUUAUAAAAGGAUGCAUGACUAUUUUUAAUUUGGAAUGGAAAGGAAUGUUUAUAUAAUUGGAAUAUUUAUAGGAAAAAAAUGAAUUUAGUAUACUAGAUAUAGACCCUACAAUUGAAGAACAUGAAAUUACUAGACUUUAUGAAGAAGCUAGAAAUCAAGAUAUGGAUAUCAAAAAUGGAAUUAGUGCAGAGACGUUGUGUCUGACUAUUAUCAAAGAAAAAAUUGGAGGAUAUGGAAUUGGGCUGUUUGGUAAUUUUUAUGUAGACCUUAGCAUUAUUGAAAGCAUUAUGCCGAGAACAAGCUCAGAAGUAAAAAUUCAAUAA